CUCCCAUUUCUUUUUGUUUUGUUCACUCAUUUGAUCAAGACAAAGAAAAUCCUCACCCACUCUCUCCCUCAUCCCUGCGGCCAGCACCUCCAAGAAAGAGCCAAGCAAAUUCUCCAUCUUCCUUCUCCAUUGUUGGAGAAAGCUCCACAAGAAAGAAUCCCAAGGGAAGGAAUUAAAGUGCUAAAAGUGUGAUAGGAUUAAGGAACUUGGUAUAGAGUAUCUUUGAGCUUCGCCGGAGUUUCGCCGGAGUUGGUCAAAGUUGGCCGGAGUUGGUCAAAGUUCACCGGAAUUAGUCCAAGUUCAACCGCGGAGCGUAGAACACGCUUAAGCUCACUUAAGUUUCAGGUAGGAGCUGAGCUUGCUACCAGUGCCCGUUGCUCCGGGCGAAUUCAAGGAAGGAAGACGUGAAAUGGAGCCAGUCGGAAGGAUCACUAGGAGGAACCCGACGGGCCGUGUACCGGGUGGGUCCGAGCGCGGUAGCCGGGGGUCCUCUAGGGGAUCAAGAGGAAGAGGCCGCGGAGGCCGACAACAACAAACCGUAAGCGAUGGCCACGUCGAUACGGAAAGCGAGACCUAUUGGUCUUAUGAGGACUCGACCUACCGGCCGGAAACUGAGCCGGUUGAGACCCCUUAUGAAGGGGAUGACGACGAUGUUAGUGACGAGGAGGAAAAUGGCUCCUUGGCUAGGAUUGAAGCACUGCUCCAACAAUAUCAUCGGGAGCGUGAGGAAAGGAGAGAACGCCGAAGGCGCCGUGCAGGGCCACCUUCGGGCGGGGCUCCAAGAGGGAGGAGCUACUGUGAUUCGAGGACCCAUGUAGAAGCGCAUGGGAGCCGUGGUGAUGGAGGUCCAACCAUAAGGAUCUCCAAAUACAUCAAGGAGGCGAGAGACUUGGGGUGUAAACCGUUCGAUGGGACGGGAGACAUCUCAGUUGCCGCGCAGUGGAUCAAGAGGCUGAACGAGGCAGCCCUUGACAUGCAACUCACCCCCGAUUUCAAAUUGAGAAUCGCGGUGAGGUUACUUGAAGGGUUAGCAUCCAAGUGGUGGGAUGGAACCAAGGGUAUGUAUGGCGGGACGGUUACUUGGGAGGAUUUUCGGCAAGAAUUCUUUGCCCAAUACUACUCCGACUUUGAGGUAAACGCCAAAGUGAGGGAGUACACUCUUUUGACCCAAGGGGGUAACAUGACGGUGAAAGAACUUGAGCAUAAGUUCAGGGACCUUGCCGACCACAUACCGGAGUAUGCGUGUGAUGAGAACCGAAUGGUGAAUCACUUUUGGGAGGCCUUGGACUUGGAGAUACGUGAUAGGGCGACUCAAUUGCCCAACAUGACUUUCAGCCAAGUGGUUGCCCAGGGGUUGAAGGGAGAAAAGCAAUGGGAGGAAAGGAAGAAGAGGGACGCCGAGGAGGCAAAGAAGAGGAAAUGGGAGAGCCAUGGCCCCCAAGGUUCUAAUAAGAAAGGGAACCAUGGGGGAGGAGGAUCAUUCAGGGCACCGGCACCACCAUCUAGGGGAGGCUCAGGCACGGGUGGACAAACCUCGGGCUCGCAAGCCCCAAUGAUGAUUAGAUGCAGGAAUUGUAACAGGAACCAUGGGGGUAAGUGUCGUGACCCUCCUCGGUGCUACCAAUGUGGAGACACGGGGCAUAUUAAACCAAAUUGCCCUCAACUUGGUGGGAACCGAGGGGCGGGAUCGAGUGGCGCUACUACGGCAAGUAGGAACCGGACUGGGGCACCUCAUGCUAGUACGGGGCAAGGGGGAGCGAGCACGAGCAACGCGCCGUCCGUGAACCAAGGAAGGACUCAAGCUAGAGUCUACGCAAUGACCGAGGCCGACGCUCGGGCCAACCCCGACUCCGUUGCAGGUAAUCCUUUGUAACGAUUGAUAAAUUACAUGUAUUGAGUGCUAAAAGUGAUAGCGGGUUUGUACGGGCUCGCCGGGGCCGAUACCGGCCGGUUUCCUAGCAAAAAGUUGCAAAAAAUAAACUGCCCAGGGGUAAACCGGCGCCGGUCGAGGCUUAAACCGGCGCCGGUUCUAAUUAAAAAGGCUUGUUUUGAGGUUGCCGUGGGUCAACCGGCGCCGGUUUUGGCCCAUAACCGGCGCCGGCCAAGGAUCGGGGGCUUAAGGUGAUUAAAAAUUUUAAUUCUGGGGGGGCGCCGUAGCAAAACCGGCGCCGGUUUUGGCCAUAACCGGCGCCGGUCUAGGGAAAUGGGGGUCGGGAAAAUCACCGUGCUCGCAACCGGGGCCGGAUUUGGAUUUACCGAUGUUGCCGAAGGUGAACCGGCGCCGGUUUUGGCCAUAACCGGCGCCGGUCCAGUUUAUUUUGCGUGAAUCCGGCCACCCCGAAGGCAAACCGGCGCCGGUCUUGCCUAGAACCGGCGCCGGUCCAGUGUAUUUUCACCCGAAAAAAAAAAAAAAAAAAAAAAAAAAAAAAAUUCGUUAAGCCCCGUUUCGAUCCGGUACGUUGCCUAGUGUGUCUUACAUGACUUAUGAAUGUAGGAACAUUAAAGAUCAACGGUAGAAACGCAAGAAUUCUCAUUGAUACCGGGGCACAACGUUCAUUCGUGAGUGAAGCGUUUGCCGAAAGUUUAGACGUGCCGUUGAUAGUAAUGACACAACCCUUGUUGGUCUCUACACCGUUGGGAGACGAUGUGGAGAGGAAACACUACUAUCCUUCGUGUGAGGUAGAAGUGACGGGUCAACCUUUGACUUGUGACUUCGUACCUCUAAGUAUGUUAGAAUUCGAUGCAAUUCUAGGGAUGGAUUGGCUCGAGAAACAUCAUGCUCGAGUGGAUUGUUAUGCCAAGGUUUUGGAACUCGAGGAUGCUGAGGGAAACACUCUACGUUUCGAGGGAGAUCGGGGAGGAUCUCAUAGUUGCAUAAUAUCCGUGAUGAGGGCACGGAAGAUGAUGAAGAAGGGAUGCCACGCAUACCUUGCUUACGUGGUGGAUGAAGCAAAGAAGGAGGUUGACAUCAACGAUGUACGUGUCGUGUGCAAAUAUCCGGAUGUCUUUCCCAAAGACUUGCCGGGGCUUCCACCCGACAGGGAGAUCGAAUUCGUAAUUGAAGUGGAGCCGGGAACCAAACCCAUUUCGAUUCCUCCUUAUCGAAUGGCACCGGCCGAGCUUCAAGAGUUGAAGGUUCAACUUCAGGAGCUAUUGGACAACGGGUUCAUUAGACCCAGUCAUUCACCGUGGGGAGCACCCGUACUCUUCGUAAAGAAGAAAGAUGGUACACUAAGAAUGUGUAUAGACUAUCGACAGCUAAACAAGGUCACAAUCAAGAACAGGUACCCUUUACCGAGGAUUGAUGACUUGUUCGAUCAACUUCGAGGGGCAACAGUAUUCUCGAAGAUUGAUUUAAGGUCAGGGUAUCAUCAGCUGAAGAUAAAGGAGAGUGACAUACCUAAGAGUGCAUUUCGCACUAGAUAUGGCCACUACGAGUUUUUGGUGAUGUCAUUUGGUCUAACCAAUGCACCGGCGGCAUUCAUGGACAUGAUGAACCGGGUGUUCAGUGAAUACUUAGAUCAAUUUGUGAUAGUAUUCAUUGACGACAUUUUGAUAUACUCCAAGAGUGAAGAGGAGCAUGAAGAUCAUUUGAGUCUUGUACUUGAACGGCUAAGGGAAAAACAACUCUUUGCCAAGUUCUCUAAAUGCGAGUUUUGGCUCAAGGAGAUUGGAUUUCUCGGGCAUGUCGUGUCAAGUUCGGGCAUUUCGGUGGAUAAAGCCAAGAUAGAAGCCAUUAUGAAUUGGGAGAGACCCAAAAAUGUGAAAGAGAUACGUAGUUUCCUUGGCUUAGCGGGCUACUAUCGAAAGUUUGUUGAAAAAUUUUCCGUAUUGGCGUCUCCAUUGACAAAACUCACGAAGAAAGGGGCCAAGUUCAUAUGGGACGACAAUUGUGAGAAAGGCUUUCUCGAACUAAAGAAACGGCUUACGGAAGCACCGGUUCUCGCCCUACCCACACAGGGGAUAGGGUAUGACAUAUAUAGUGAUGCUAGCAUCCAAGGGCUUGGAUGUGUACUCAUGCAGAACGGUCGGGUGAUUGCCUAUGCUUCUAGGCAAUUGAAGAAACACGAGGCGAACUACCCUACCCAUGAUCUGGAGUUGGGGGCGGUGGUGUUUGCACUAAAGAUUUGGAGACAUUAUCUCUAUGGAGAGACAUGUCACAUUUUCACCGAUCAUAAGAGCCUCAAGUAUGUAUUCACUCAGAAAGAGUUGAAUAUGAGGCAAAGGAGAUGGAUGGAGUUGAUCAAGGACUAUGACUUGAUCAUCGACUAUCAUCCCGGAAAGGCCAAUGUAGUGGCCGAUGCACUAAGCAGGAAGGGUACGUCGGGGACAUUACUCACAUGUCUACGAACUUUGAGGGCACAAGUGGAGGUGUCCACGAGUGGGGUCCUCAUUGCUAGAUUCGAGGUUAGACCUACAUUGCUGGGUGAGAUCAGUAGAUGUCAGGCCGUUGAUGAAGAAUGUCAGAAGAUCCGGGAGAGGAUCCUUGAAGGGCCCGUGGAGAACUUUCGGGUACGUGAUGACGGUCUUUUAUUGUUUAAAGACCGUGUAUGCAUACCAAAGAGUGAAGAGCUCCAAAAGUCCAUACUAGAGGAGGCUCAUUCUUCGGCAUAUGCUAUGCAUCCAGGGGGUACUAAAAUGUACCGAGACUUGAAGGAAAGUUACUGGUGGUCGGGUAUGAAGAGAGACAUCGCAGAGUACGUGAGUCGAUGCCUUACUUGCCAACAAGUUAAGGCAGAGCAUCAGCACCCGGCGGGGCUUUUGCAGCCACUGACCAUUCCAGAAUGGAAGUGGGAGCAUGUUACCAUGGACUUCGUGGUGGGGCUACCACGAACAGUGAACAACUACGAUGCAGUAUGGGUAGUGGUUGAUAGGCUCACUAAGAGUGCACACUUUUUACCUAUCAACAUUACUUAUCCUCUUGAAAGAUUGGCAAAGUUAUACACGGAAGAGAUUGUGAGACUACAUGGAGUCCCGAUAUCCAUUGUCUCGGAUAGGGAUCCACGGUUCACAUCUCGAUUUUGGCCCAAGUUUCAAGCAUCUUUGGGUACUAAAUUGAAGUUUAGCACAGCUUUUCAUCCACAGACGGAUGGACAAUCUGAAAGGGUGAUACAGAUAUUGGAAGACAUGCUUAGGGCAUGUGCUCUGGAGUUCCAAGGAAGUUGGGACAAACAUUUGGCCCUAGUCGAGUUCGCCUAUAACAACAGUUAUCAGGCGAGUAUUGGUAUGCCUCCAUACGAGGCCUUGUAUGGGAGGAAAUGCAGAACACCGUUGUGUUGGGACGAGGUUGGCGAGGCCAAGCUCGAAGGGAUUGAACUUGUUGAAAUCACCAAAGCUAAGGUGAAAGUCAUUCAGGAUAGACUCAAGGCUGCCCAAGAUCGGCAGAAGAGUUAUGCCGACAAACGACGCAGGCCAUUGGAGUUCGAGGUCGGUGAUAAGGUCUUCCUAAGGAUUUCUCCUUGGAAGGGUAUCAUCCGAUUUAUAUCGAGGGGAAAACUCAACCCCCGAUAUAUUGGUCCGUUCGAAAUCCUUGAAAGGAUUGGGGCCGUGGCAUACCGUCUCAAGUUGACGCCAGAACUUGAGAAGAUACACGACGUGUUUCAUAUAUCGAUGCUCAAGAAAUACGUGAGAGAUCCAUCUCAUAUUCUUGAGAAGCCACCGGUGGAGAUACGUGAAGACCUACAAUAUGCGGUGGAACCGGUAAAGAUUGUGGGUCAACAGGUGAAGAAACUGAGGAACAAGGAGAUUCCUAUGGUGAAGGUUCUUUGGAGGAGUGAUCGAGUCGAAGAAGAAACUUGGGAGACUGAGGUCUCAAUGAGGGAGCAAUACCCGUUUCUUUUCGAUUAGACACGUGGAUUUCGGGGACGAAAUCCCAAUUAAGGGGGGGUGAACUUGUAACACCGUCCCCAAAAAGUAUUUACUUUUAAGUAAAAAAAAAAAAUGUAUUGAACUUAUGGAAUGGUUAACGAGUAUUCGAAGUUGUGAAUCUUUAUUAAUGUUUUUGCGUGAAUAGCAAAUUCGCCCGUGGGGCCCGCACCGGGAACGGGGGCCGCCCGAUAUUCCCGAGACCGUAUAUUUUAUUCAUCUUGGUCAAUAUAACAUUUAUAUGGUGGUGGAUAAUUUAUUUGGUCCAAAGAAAUAAUAUAGAGUUGACCGGUUGAUCAAAAAAGGCCAAAAUACCGGUAUCGGUAAUUUAACAGAUAACAGCCCGAAACGAAUUUCGGAGGCUUAUAAAUUAAAGUUGGGGAAUGUAUAUUCAUUAUAAAGGGUAUAAUGAUUAAGAACACACAAAAUAUUUUAUUUGAACCGAUAAAAUAAAAUAUAUUUAAAACAGUCCGAAAAAUACAACUUUCGGGACUGAUUGUACACUUGUGGGCAAAAGGGGUUGACCUCCCACAUGGGUGGGGGCCAACCCACGAAUGUGGACACAUUUUUUUCAAGACUUGGGCGGCUGGAUGGAGAGGGGAGGGAUGGGAGAUGUUGGAGUUGAGAGGAAAGGCAUCAAAGGUACACAUGGGCUCCCAUUUCUUUUUGUUUUGUUCACUCAUUUGAUCAAGACAAAGAAAAUCCUCACCCACUCUCUCCCUCAUCCCUGCGGCCAGCACCUCCAAGAAAGAGCCAAGCAAAUUCUCCAUCUUCCUUCUCCAUUGUUGGAGAAAGCUCCACAAGAAAGAAUCCCAAGGGAAGGAAUUAAAGUGCUAAAAGUGUGAUAGGAUUAAGGAACUUGGUAUAGAGUAUCUUUGAGCUUCGCCGGAGUUUCGCCGGAGUUGGUCAAAGUUGGCCGGAGUUGGUCAAAGUUCACCGGAAUUAGUCCAAGUUCAACCGCGGAGCGUAGAACACGCUUAAGCUCACUUAAGUUUCAGGUAGGAGCUGAGCUUGCUACCAGUGCCCGUUGCUCCGGGCGAAUUCAAGGAAGGAAGACGUGGUUCGUGCUUCCUCCGUUCCAGUUUUAAAAACAUUUAAGUUAAUGCUCAUGGAUAUUACAUUUUGAAUAAUCAUUUGGGGGCUUGUAUGCCCAUGUUUGCCAAAGUGUGGCAUGAACACUUUUAUUAAAUAUUUCCGCUGCCUUGAAUGAAUGUUUUACAUUAUGCUUGUUUAUGGAUGUACUAUGUGUGAAUGAUAUCCCAGACGCCUUGUAUA